UUUACAAUUCCCUAUAUCGUUAUCGCAAUGGUCACUACUAAGGUAUAUGGUCUGUGGAAAAAGGCGCAGACCGUAACUUCCGAGCUAGCGCAGGAUCCGUCGCAGACUGCAGAGUCGAUCUUCAAGAGAUUGUACGAGCACCACGAUAUUGCCCACUCACAUUUGAAGGGAAACGGGGCGCAUGGAUUAUCCAAAGAGGAGAUUGAUGAGUUUGAAAAGAAGACUGCUGAGCAGAAAGCUCUAGCCUGCGGACAUUGGGGAUCUGCAGAGCCCAGUGAACUAUUUCUUCGGAUUUAUCACGAUGUUCUUGGUUCCUUGGAUAAAGAGCCCAGCACGGGAGUGGUUUCUCCCCCGUUGAUUGGGAGCCGAGGCGUUAUUCCCCUCACCAUUGUGGCGCCACUACCGGAUCUCUGCCGUCAUUUGGGAAAUUGCAUCGCGCGCGCUGAACAUGAGGUAUUUUUGGGUACAAAUUUUUGGAUUCAUUCCGACGCGGCCACAUUGGUUACAAAUGGUAUUCGGGAAUUGAACAGGAGAGCUGGAGAACGGGGUACAAAGGUGGUGAUGAAGAUGGUAUAUGAUCGCGGAGACCCGAAGCAGGUAUUGGACAACCGCCUCGAAGUGAAUAGUGAACAACGGACGAUCGACAAAGUUAGACUUCCGGCACCGCAUGAGAUCCCGAACGUCGAUUUGAAAGUGAUCAAUUUCCAUCGGCCAGUGUUCGGCACAUUCCACGCCAAAUUCACAGUCAUCGAUCGACGCAUGUGUCUCUUGCAGAGCAGUAACAUCCAGGACAACGAUAACCUGGAGAUGCUGUCUCACAUUGAAGGACCUAUUGUCGAUUCUUUCUAUGAUGCCGCGCUGCUGUCUUGGGGGAAGCCACUUGACCCUCCGCUACCUCAACUGAUUUCUCCUGCUGAGAGUGCUCCUAUCCCUGCUCAUAAUGGGGAGCAGAAGGUGGACCCCAACGAGAGCUUACCCGAAGAUCUCCCGGAGCAUACUGCGUCUUCUCCCCAUUGGGAUGUCGAUUUUGAAGGCGAGGCAAAGAGGGUCAACAGCAGUAUUAACCCUCGUGGAGAGGAAACACCCACGCAAGCUGUAACCCGUCAUCUGAAUACCACCAUUCAACCUGACACAACCGGGAACGCGCCUGAUACCGACCAAGACCCGAAAAUGACACCAUACAUCCUCCUACCACAGCAUGAGCCCUUUCCCAUGGCCGUCGUUAACCGAGAGCCUUACGGAUCUCCAAACCACAGCAGCACCCACAACCCCCAAGAUGCAGCCUUUGUUUCAGCAAUCAAUAACGCAAAGCACACCAUCUUCAUUCAAACUCCGAACAUGAAUGCCGAGCCCCUCUUGGAGCCCCUCUUGGCAGCAAUUCGUCGAGGCGUCAUUGUGACGCCCUACCUCUGCCUCGGAUACAACGAUGCAGGCGAACUACUACCAUUCCAGAACGGAACGAACGAGAUGAUCGCUAACAAACUAUAUAAUGCUCUCACAACGGAUGAAGAGAAAUCAAGGCUAAGAGUGCACUACUAUGUUGGCAAAGACCAGAUUCAGCCUAUUCACAACUCGUUUAAGAAGCGGAGUUGUCAUAUUAAAUUGAUGGUUAUUGAUGAGCAAGUUGCUAUCCAAGGAAAUGGCAACCUGGAUACCCAGUCCUUCUUCCACAGUCAAGAAAUCAAUGUCAUGCUGGACUCCCCGUUAGUUUGUAAGAUGUGGUUGGAAGCUAUUGAUCGGAAUCAGAAUACCGGGAAGUACGGUGCUGCGAGCUCUGAAGAUGGUUGCUGGCAUGAUCCGACCAGUGGGGAGAUUCCUCCUGGGUCCAUUGGUACAGACCCUGGACACUUUAGCUGGGCUAAAGGUGUCAUUGGAGCCGUGAAACGGGUGAGAGGAGUUGGUGGUUUCUAG